AUGCCUUCUGCAGACACGGCGAAACCAGGGGUGGAAAAGGUGGUUAGAACAGUCACGGAAAUGCAUCAAGAGGUACGCGACGGAGGAACGAAAGAGGGUGCGGGCGACUUUGCGGCAUCUGGAGCUGGCGGUUUCUGGCUUGCAGCUGUGAUGCGGGAGUCCCACCGGGUUGAUUUGCGAGCUAUUCUGCUGGAGAAGGAGGCACAACUAGAGGCAUACCUGAAAGGGGAAAAUGAGAGGCUGCAUCUCCUAGCGGGGGUGAGAGAGGAGACAAAAGGGGAGAUCGAGUUGAAGGUGCUCUCUGCGAAGAAACCGGACUUCGGGAAGACACUUGGAAGGGAGGAGGAGGCCGAGCUGGAGUUGGACUGGUCAGAGGAAGAGGUUAAAGAAGCACUGAAGGGCAUGGCAUGCGGUAAAUCUCCAGGCAACGACGGGUUGCCAAAGGAGCUCUUCGAACGACAUUGGGACCUAUUGAAGGGAGAUUUCAUGGGUUUUGUUCAGAAGUUUGAGGAAACGACGAUACUCCCAGAGGAGGUGCAGGAGGCAGUGACCAUACUGCUACACAAGAAGGGUCCAAAGGAGCUGGUGCAGAACUACAGGCCAAUUACCUUGUUGACGAGCUCCUACAAGGUGGUGGCGAAGAUGCUGGCCAACCGCAUGAAGAAGGUCUUGGGAAGGGUCAUUUCAGAGGAGUAG